AUGGCCAACGAGUACUUUGCUAUAAUAUUGGAAGUGUCUCCUAGAGUACUCAAUGUAGGCUUUGCAGGAGAAAGCAGCCCCCAAGUGUCUCUUCACCCUGAUCUGACUCUUUGCAAGAGGUACCUUACAAAACAGAGAGGUUGCAUCUACCCCAGGUACUUGGACCUCCAUUCCCAUUGUUUGACUCCAGAACAAAAGCUCAACUUGGAAGACGCAUUACGUAAUGAUAGCAGGAAGCUGAACUUGCUUGAGAAGUACAACCAGGACUAUGGCCUCAGGUUCGUGAACUGGAGCCAGGACGACUAUAGGACGUUAGCGAGGCUCAUAAAGUACAUUGUCACGCGAAUAUUGCUUGUUUCACCUGCUAAAGCCAAAAUAUUCGUUUUAGAUCAAGGCCUUCCAGGCAUGGAGAAGUUCCACCUCACCAAAGCUCUUGUUGAAGCUACAAGCUGUGCACGGUCAGUAUACUUCAUUCCCAGAAUCCCAUGUGUUUCCAUGGCUGCUAACGUUGAAGAUUCAUUGGUGAUCGACUUUCAAUGGCAGGAGUGUCGUGUGAUUGCGCUACAGGAGUUGAGAAUCGUGAAGGAGGUUGCGGUAGUUGAGUAUUCUGAGGAGACUGUGUGCUACAGGUUGAUCGAGGAGGGCGUAGUAGACGAUGCUGAUGAAGCCUUGAGAAUUUUGGAUGAAAAGUCAAGCAAGAUCUUUGAGGGGUUUUCUGCUUGGAUUGCUCGGUUUGUUCAGUUUUUAGCAGUGGACGUGAGGCCCAAAGUAGUGCAGAACGUGACAUCCAGAACGCUUUACCAAAUUUACGAGUUUCAGGCAAGCACUGCCUUGGGGCUUGGACAGGAGCCUCCAUCUACUGCUCAACGACGCUCUUGCGACAUGACAUGA